CUCGGACAGGCUCUAAUCAAGGACAGGCUCUAACCAAGGACUGGAUCCUGACAACCCCACUGGUAGCUGCCAGCCACUGCCAGUGAAUUUCAAGAUCGAUCCAUAGCCAAUCCCAGUAUUCUCUAUAACUCACCAUACACUGCCCUGCUGUCGUCUUGGACGCUCUCGCUCUGAUACCGGCUCAAAAAUCAUGCACUGUGCACUCGCUUUUUGUUCCACCCGAAACCUGUGGGAAAAAACUCGAACUUGAACUCAUGCGUUGCCAGUCCGAGAAUGAAUCAAACCUUUGACUUGCUAGAGAUAUUCAGGCUGGGUACUGGGGUCUCACCGCUCGCCAAAUGCCCAAUCUUGUUCGUGUGCGGUGGGGCCGAUGUGUCGUGUCUUGACAGGUUCUCAGUCAUCCACCAACGACUCACAGCGAUCAAACGGACAACAACGCCGCGAUUUGAAGAGCCUCCGGGAUAAUCCCCUCUCUCAAGUGGAGGGUCAUCCAUGAUCAGCUCGUGUCUCUCACGAAACGAAACUCAGCUGUGCCUACCAAUCUCACGAUACGGAGCUGGAUACUCCCGUUCUGGCUCGCGCAUACAUCCAGGCACAGCGCCCCUGCAAACAAAAACACGAGAUGUCAGUCCAUGACGACGACUGAGAUUCCAAGAAACUCGUACCACAGUGCGAAUGAUACCAUUUUCUGUGCAUGAUAUCAAUAUAUAAGAGUGCCAAUAAUCCAUCUCCUCAUUCACACCCUCCAGCUGCACACAUUCCAUGGCCCUAGUCAAAAACAACAGUAAAGGAAUGGCGGACGGUCGCGAGCACGAUCGGAUCGCGAACUACACCAAAUUCUGGGAUAAGGACAUGGCGAAGGAGAACCAGGCUCACACCGAGCACAGAGUGGACAGUUAUGCCGAAGUUGUCAACGGCUACUACGAUGGUGCCACCGAGUUGUACGAGUAUGCUUGGGCCCAAUCGUUCCACUUCUGCCGCUUCUACAAGGGCGAAGGUUUCGACGCAGCACUGGCGAGACACGAGCACUAUCUCGCUGCGCAGAUGAAGCUGCGGCCCGGAAUGCGCGUUCUCGACGUUGGAUGCGGAGUCGGCGGACCUGCUCGCGCUAUCGCCCGUUUCUUGGACGUGGAGAUCGUCGGCCUGAACAACAACGAGUUCCAAGUGCAGCGCGCGAGGAAAUACACGAAGAAGGCAGCGUUGAAUGAACAAGUUACCUUUGUCCGUGGUGACUUCAUGAAGUUGGAGGAGCAAUUUGGCCCCAACUCUUUCGACGCCGGUGCGUUCUACUCUAGCCCUCGCGUGGAAUUCGAACUCAAAGGUGUCCUAGUGUAUGCCAUCGAGGCCACAUGCCAUGCUCCUACCUGGGAGGGUGUCUACGGGGAGAUCUUCAAGGUGCUCAAGCCAGGUGGCACAUUCGGAGUCUACGAAUGGUGCAUGACCGACGAGUGGGAUCCGUCGAACCCCGAGCAUGCCAAGCUGCAACACGAAAUCGAAUUGGGGAACGGCAUUCCCGAAAUGCGCUCACUGAAGCGCGCGCGCGAAGCUCUGAAGUCGGUCGGGUUCGACAUUGUGCAUCGAGAGGAUUUGGCGGACCGGGCCGAUCCUGUUCCGUGGUAUUACCCGCUGGAAGGUGAUGUGCGCAAGGCGCAGACUGUGUGGGACUACUUCACAGUGUGGAGAAUGAGUCGGAGUGGCAUGUUCAUCACACACAACGCGGUCUGGCUGUUGGAUAAGCUUGGGCUUGCUCCCAAGGGGACCCACGACGUAGGCGAGGCUCUGCGAAUCGCCGCUGUUGCUUUGGUCAAAGGCGGUCAGUUGAAGCUCUUUACCCCUAUGUAUCUCGUCGUGAGCCACAAGCCUUCUCGCACGCUGGACAGCUAUCAAUAGUCAUCGCGUUACUCAUAUCGUGCCUGCGUUUGUAGUCAUCGAAGUCACCUCGCUUCUGAUGCACGGGAGCGUUAAUAUGGCCUGUAGUCAGGAGAAAUAAAUGUCGCACCUCACCAGUGCUUCUAUGCGGAGGUUGAGAGAGUGAAUUCCAU